AUGUCGGGUGUAUGGUUAUUUCAAAAUGGUGUGAUGAGGCUCGAUAAUCCAGAAGACCGACAACCAAAUGGUGAUAAGAAAAAACGAUCUAGUAACAGUGCUGGAAAGAGGAAGGAAUUGGUGUACCUUCCGACUGGACAAGUGGUGAAGUCUUAUCAAUCCCUCGAGCAGUUACUCAGAGGUCUCGGUUGGGAGAGGUAUUAUGGUGGUGAUGCAGAUCUCAUUCAGUUCCACAUGAAUAAUAACUCAAUUGAUCUCAUCUCUCUCCCUAGGGACUUUUCGAGGUUUAACUCCAUAUAUAUGUAUGACAUUGUCGUAAAAACUCCUAAUGUCUUUUAUGUUCGAGAUGUCUAG